AGCAAUCAAAUGUUUCGGUUUACGCGUCCUACGUGAUUUAUAUACAUAUACAACAGACAAAUGGCAACGAUAAAAAUCCAUUGUCUUGGCAUAUUGUUGUUAACAUUAUGUCUAACUUGUACGAAAGGAUCUGUCAAACGGAGUAUAGAUCUGUCUGCUUCUCAUGUGCUAAUACCCGAUAUUCGUUUGCCAACCGAUGUUAUACCGUUAGAUUAUGAGCUUUAUAUUGAACCCAAUUUGGAAGAAUAUACAUUUACUGGAGUUGUGAAAAUAAAUUUGUCAUGGAUAAAAGAUGCUAGAAAAAUUUCACUUCAUGCUCACUUUGACUUAACCAUUGAUGAUCGAAAAAUUAAAUUGCAGAAAAUUAUAAAAAACAAUGGUGAUAAGCCAACAUUAUUUGAAAAUAUAACAAUUCUGAGGGGAGAUCGGAUGCCAAGGAAAACAGUUUAUGUGCUGUAUCUUAAGGAGACAGUGAAACAAGGUACUGAAGGCCUUUUGGAAAUACCCUUUGAAGGCGGCAUUUGGGAGAGUGCCGAAGGUUUGUUCAGAGGAUCCUAUACUAAUACGGCAACCAAAGAAACUGAGGAAUAUUUAACUACCUAUAUGAGACCGAAUAAUGCGCGUCGUGUAUUUCCAUGUUUUGAUGAACCAGGAAUUAAGGUCCCUUUUGCAGUUUCAAUUGCUCGACCUAAGGAAUAUACAGUGCUUUUUAAUACACCAUUGGAAAGGACCUUAGAACACUCUACUUUAAAGAAUUAUGUGAUUGAUCACUUUGAGAAGACACCAGCAAUGUCUACCUUUACAUUUGGUUUUAUAAUUUCAAAGCUUAUGAAAUUUGAAGAUGCAGCCAUUAAUGAGAAGUCGCCCUCCGCCCCGAAGAUUCAAGUUUGGAGUAACCAAAUUGAUAAAUCUGAAUUGAAGGAAAUACAUGCUAGACUUUUAACCGUCUAUAAUACAAUUCAAGACUACUUUAAUGUAUCGGUUCCUCUAAAGAAAAUCGAUGUAGUGGCCGUUCCUGGGCUAACAACAGUACGUCCGUCUGACAAUUGGGGCUUAUUGGUUCUUAAAGAAAGCGAACUACUGAAGAAAAGUUACUUAAGCUUUGCACAGGAGUUGAUAUACCAAUGGAUUGGAUCCUGGGUCACGCCGUAUUGGUGGAGUGAUGCUCAUGUGAACAAGGCUUUAGCUAGCUUCUUGGCAUCUGAAAUAGCCAUACAGAUAGACGGUGGCGUGGAAUUUAAUGGAAAAUAUCCAAUGACAUUGCUUUAUUCGUUGUAUUAUGAACUAAGCAAACGAUAUCCUCAUUCACGCAUAACGGGCAUGAAACAGGAAACAGUUUCCUUCAAGACAGAGCUAGUUAUAAGAAUGUUAAAUUUCACCUUGGGCAAAUCAACCUUUCAUAAUGGUGUACGAAACUUUAUUGCCGAUCAUCACUAUAAGACAUUUAUCGGUGACGAUCUAUGGAAUAUGUUAACCAAACAGGCAUUGAGUGACAAAACGCUUGAUGGCCAAUAUAGCAUAACAGAUAUUGCAAGCUCUUGGAUUACAAAGGAUCGCCUGCCUGUGGUCAAUGUCCAGAGAAAUUAUGAAACUCGAUCGGCCUUGCUGCAGCAAAAGGUAUAUCUCAGAGAGAGGCCACACGAUGUGCCAGAGCAAGACAAAAUGCUUUGGUGGAUACCCAUUACACUGAAUCGUCAAGACACACUUAAUUUUUCGGAAUGCAAACCUUAUGUGUGGAUAAAUAAGACUAGACAAAUAAACAUAUCAAAUUUACCAGAAAGUAAUCAAUUUAUAAUUAUAAAUCAUGAAGAAAUCGGCCCAUUUCCUGUUAACUAUGACGAACGCAAUUGGAAUAUGUUAUCAAAUUUCCUACAAACUGAAUCUGGACGUACAUUAAUACCAACACUGACUAGGGCUAAAUUGUUACAUGAUGCUUGGAAUCUUGCUUAUGCUGGCGAUCUUAGUUUUGCCACCGCCUUUAAUAUGACUCUCUUUAUGAAAUUUGAACGUAAUCAUAUUGUUUGGAAUCCAGUUUUUACCUUUAUUGACCAUAUAGGACGGCACAUCGAUAUGUCAGCAGUUCACAAAAAGUUUGAGGCAUAUGUGACAACAUUACUAGCCCCUUUAUAUGAGGAAUUGGGACCAGAGAAUACUCCUGAAGAGUAUUGGAGAACGGAUCUUCGUUCAUUGGCCAAAACGUUCUUGUGUCGUGCCGGUUAUCGGCCAUGCAUUGAAGAGGCACAAAAGGCCUACAAAGUUUGGCAACAAAGUUCCGAUCCAGAUUAUGAAAAUCCAGUACCAAAUCAAUACAUUUGCCCAGUUUUUAAAUGGGGCUCAAUAGAGGAAUGGGAAUUUGGCUUACAGCGUGUCAUUCAGUUUCCAAAAUCGAGAGUACAAAGCGAAAGAACUUAUUUGUUAAAGACUUUAGCGGGUUGUCCAUCGCAACCGGAAAAGAUAAAUCGCCUACUCGACUUGACAAUACUGCAGCAAAAUAUUAAUUUUACAGAAAAUGAUAUAUUUCUAAUUUUCAGCAUGCUAACUGGUGGUUCCAGUGGAUAUACAACUCUAUUUAAUUUCCUCUCCGAACAUUGGGUGGCUAUUCGGGAGAGAUUUGCAAAUAAAACAAAUUUGUGGGACAGUUUGAUUAGCUCAGCCACAGGUGUGUUCUCAACCCAAAAAGGAUAUGAUAUGGUGAAGAAACUUUAUGAAGAACAUCCGGGAGAGUUUGGAAGUGCACAGCACAUUAUAGAAAAGUCUCUUCGUAACAUUAAAGAAGAGGCUCAAUGGAGUGAUCAAAAUCUGCCAGUUAUUGAAAAAUGGCUAGAUAAUUACCUAUCCCAAAAUAAUGAAAAGAAUCAAAAGUUUUUAGAAAAUUAAUUUUAAAAAAAUAUUGUUUGUUUGUGAGUCUGGAUGAAUUGUGAAUUAAAUUGUUUGCCAGUUUAAAUAUAUAUAUAUAUGUAUAUAGAGGUAUGAUCCUUAUUAUAUACUGGCCCAUAUGAAUUAGAUUGUUAAAUUUUGAAUGCA